AUGACCUCAGGCGAGCGGUGGGAAGCAACGGCGACGGCGGUGGCAGGAAUGGCUGGAGGGGGGUUUGACCAGGGAGAUUGGCUAUCGUGGGAGAUUGGGAAAGGAGGGAGGAGAGAGAAAUCGGAGGGAAAAUGGAGAGGCCGAAUGGGAGAUCACGGGAAGAGGGAAUUUAAGCUACCAAUAACCCUAGCUAGGCGGACUGUAACUAUUGAAAAUCGCAAAGCAUGUGCAAGUUCACGUCGACAGUUCUCAUCGGGAAUUGAGAACGCUAGCAACGUACUGAAACAAGGAACAGAUGAAGUAGCCAAUGCUGCAAAACAAGGAGCCAAUGAAGCUGCCGGGGUCGGUGAGAAUAUACAAAAGAGGGCUGCUUCCACUGCACAACAAGUGACCCAGAACGCCAGAGAGGUGGCGGGGAAGGUGUCCGAAACAGUUCAAAAUGCAUGGGGAGCGGCGAAGGACACUGCCCAGAAGGCUACAAAUGCUGCGGUGGGUGCGGCCCAAGACUCGAAGGAAUCCAUCAAGCAAGACGCAGAAAGAGUGAAGCAAUGCAUGAACACCAAGAACUAA